GUACGUAACCAUAACUGUUAAGCAAAUCCCAUCGUACAUAUCACCAGCAACCGGCGUAUGUUUAUGGUUCGCACGACUCCGUAUAACUGCACUCUGCAGUCCGUACUACUAUAAUUUUACACUGCGGAUCUGUCGACGUCAGAAUCGAGAUCUUCAGCGUCCGUUGUCAUAGCACUGCUUGUAUCUGCCGCAUCCUAAAUCCUGCUAAUCUUGAUCGGAUAACUUUGCGGUUGGCGGGAAUAUUGCGUUGCGUUCUAUUACGGCAGGGACUCGCCAGACACACAUGUUACGUUAAUUUCCCUCACAAAGCCCACUUAAGUUCAGGGAAUCAAUCGGUCCAGUACCCUCAUUAAUAUUGUACACCGGCGCCGAUAUACGGUACUCAAAAAUGGUGAAACUUUUGCCCCGUUUACCCUUCCUGUAUUAAAGAUACGUUGCAGCAAAGCGGUCUCGAUCUUCCCUAUUGUACUUGUACAAGCUGUCGCUUGAGUAUAACUAAUGUCCUGAUUCACUCAGCUUUCCUUACCAUCAGCUCCACCGUGUGUUUUCUUCGGACACGGCGUUUAUCCAACGCUAACGAUGGAUACACGUUAAUAUUGGAUAUACAUAUGUUAAUAAUAUAUAUUUAUACAUACGUACAUACAUAUAUAUACGUUAAUGUCCAUGCGUUUAUCCUACGUUAACGAUGGAUACACGUUAAUAUUGGAUAUACAUAUAUUAAUAUAAUUAUAUUUAUACAUACAUACGUACAUACAUAUAUAUACGUUAAUGUCCAAGCGUGAAAUCGGCGUCGCCCCGAGCGGACGCUCGGUUUAAGCCAUCAAUACACUGUAUGCGCGUAUUGUACGGUAACGAGACGGUAUUCAGCGCGGUGUGAUUGUUGUAUUUAUAUUGGCGGAUGAUUGGCCGCGCCGGUAUUGUUCGUACAAGUGUUUUUGUUGUCCUCCCGUGAACCGUGAGAUGCCGAAUCCUUUUGCAAUCGGCCGACGGAUACAUCGGGCACGCCGCUGACGACUGCCACGUUCAGUAUCUGCGGCGCACUGAGUGCACCGCUCCACCAGGCUGCCCGUCAUAAUAAACGCCUUCAGUUGUACGCUGCACUUGGAGCCACUCAUUUGCACCGGAAAUACACCGAGGCAGUAUCCCUGGUUAUCGAUAAAUACCGCACAAACUGUAUAUAUGCGGCAUAUGCGUAUGCCGAUUUCUGCUUUAACUAUUUUAUUUUUGGUGAUAUGCCUGGAGAAUGAUACAUGCCAUUGCUCCUGUCUGGUCAGCAAAUCAUGAACGCGACAACGCCGGUUUCAGUAAAGACCAAGGUGACACAGGAAUCCCAAGCCACCAAGAAGGAAGCCAGAGUCAACUGUAACAUUUGCGGGAAGUCGUAUGCCAGCAGAAAAAGCUUGAAAAUCCAUCUGCGUCAGCACACCGGCGAGAAGCCGUACGCGUGCCACGUAUGCCCCAAACGAUUUAGUCAGACCAAUAUCCUCAAAGCGCAUCUCGACUUCCACGCCGGGCGGCGUGACUGGGCGUGCGACAUCUGCCAGAAACGUUUCACUCAGUUAGCUCAUCUGCGUACCCACCAGAGGAUACACUCCGAGGCCCCAAGAGGUCACAACUGCUCAAGAUGCGGGAAAGGUUUCAGUUCCAAAGGUUCGAGAGAAAGGCAUGAGCAUCGACACACCGAGGCCAAACCCUUCAAAUGCCACAAGUGCCCGAAACUGUUCACCCGUUCCGCCACCCUCCAACAGCACCUCAACGCCCACCGGGGCUUCAAACCGUUCGCCUGUCCCUUCGAAAAAUGCGAGCGCCAGUUCACAACGAAAUCCAGUGUGCGACGUCACUGCCGGGAGACUCAACACGCAGCGGAAGCCGAGAGCGACCGGGACAGUACAGUUUCGUCGGCGCCCGAUUCCGGCUUCGAUUCUUCCAAUUCCUCAGUGACCAGCAGCGCGUCCAAUGCGCCGGAAAGUCCGGUGGUAAUUAAAGUGGAAGAGCUGGACGAAAUGCACGAGAUGGACAUGUACCGCAAGGUCAUCGGCAACCUGACCGAAGCGCAGUUGGAGCGUCUGGAGGAGUAUCUGCAAAUCGCGAUGGACGACCGGGAAACCGACGUUGAUGAUCAUGUAGCGUACACCAUGAAAAGCGAAGCAAUGAGCCAAAACGCUGAAUCGCUGCUCGAGAAGGCCAAAUUAUUGACCGGCCGUGAGGAAUUUUCUGCCGCUGCUAUCAUAGCACGCAGUCCUUUUGCUGAUACAACUUAUUUAUGUUCCGGAGAAGAGCAGCGUUAUGUUUUUCCGAAGGACACUUUCGGCAGUAAUCACUGGAAUUACUAUCAACGUCCAUCACCAGGCGAAUUCGCGUACAGCGGCAAUUUUGCCAUGAUCGACGGCUAUGUAAUGGAGGGCCGUUGGCUGCAUUUUACGGGAGCGUAUCCCGUUGCCACUUGUUCGUGUGUAGACGGCGACAGUAGCCAAGCUUAUGCAUUUGAUGGACCAUCGACGUACUACGAAUUUCCUUGAAGCGUUCGACGGUUAUUAAUGAUUGUGUUUGCAUCAGAUGGAAUCGUGUUGACCAUGGGAUCAGUUAUGUUUUCGGUAUCGGCCGCUUUAUUAGCAUUUCUCUGUUACUGCUCAUGGAAUACAGAUCGUGGAUGGUGGAGUGCUCAGAAUGUCAAGGGAAUUUUAUUCUGGAUUGGUUGAUCUGGAACGAAUUCCCUUCCUGAUUGCGGGAUGUGAUAUUUGGAAGGAUCUUCAUUGUUUUUAUGCCUGUAUUUGGUUAUGUAGUUUGUUUGGAUCUUUUGCUUAUGUAGUUCGUAUUGUGUAGUUUGCAGAUUAAGUUAACCGCAGCGGUUCACUAAUCACUGGCUGCUCAUUCCAUAGGGACCCAUGACAUGUCGCGAUAUCUUAUCAGAGCGAAUCGCUUAUUUUUUUAUAGGUUGUUCACGUUAGUAAUAACCGCAAAACAUACAGUACAUAAGCCUCGACUGAAAUAAACAACGUGUUGUUGUAAUUAAAUCUGUUUAUGUUACAAAAUUCGC